GAAAAUUAAUUUAGAAACUGUCUCAGAAAGAGUAGUAGGCCUAUAUGGGGUCUAACUUUCAGGUAGCAGCGCAUGAAAAAAUAUAAGUUGUUAUCAUCUCCAUUGAAUAUUAUCCAGCAGAUGAAUGAAUAAAAGAGAAAAAGAAGAAUAUUUCUAAUUAAAUGUGAAGGUGAUGACAAAGAUACAUUAAAACACAAACAUCACUGUUAGAAAUAUAAAGGAAAAUGUAGGCUAAUAGGCCACACUGACGUCAUGUGUAAAAUAAUAUACUAUAUUUAACAUUAAUAAGACAUUUUCUAAAAGAGAGAAACACAGCUGACAGAAAAAAAAUAGUUUUUUUUUUCUUUUUUUGCUCCACAUAUUUGCCAGGCGAAAGAAUGAAAACAAGGAAUUUUUUUUUCAUCUAACUCUUUCGGUCUCAUUCAUUGGAGCUCUUCAUGUGUCAAUCAAAUGUGGGCGGUGUCAGCCGCUAAAUGAUACUUCCAGUAAGUCCUCACAUGCUGUACAACACAGAGAGUCAACAGGCUGUACGGGGCGCAGUCUCAACAUCACUACGACUGGAUAACAACAACAAACCAGCGGCUCAGCGCUCUGUGGCCACUUACACAACUUUUUUCACGUGAAAGACCUUUUCAGAAAGAUAAUUUUUAUCACUGUUGACUCAGAUUUUUACCGGCUUGGGAUGUAACUGUCAGUGUAGAGUUUGCGCCCAGGCGGAGCACUGUUUUCCCGGACAGAUUUAUCUCCUGUUCGCUCACAUUUCACAGGCGAAGCUACAACUUUUGAGGGGCGACAGAUUUUGCCGCUUUUACAUGACAUUGUAACACUUGGCUCCGUCACCUCUCGACCAUGGCGGAAGCGGCCCAGCAGCCACACCUGGUGGAAAUCGACCCGGAUUUUGAGCCCCUGCCGCGGCCCCGCUCCUGCACUUGGCCCUUGCCCCGACCGGAGUUCAUCAACCCGGGCGACUCCAACACGUCAUCGCCGGUGCCGUCUGUGAAGCAGGAGCCCGCCAGCAACGCCGAGUUCAUCAACAACCUGAGCCUGCUGGAGGAGUCCGAGGACUUCCCGGAGCAGAAACCUGUCAUCCUGUGCUCUGAUUUUCAGUGUCAGGAGAACUGCGUCCACCAGCAACCUCCACAGCAGCAGCAGCAACAGCAGCAACAUCAGCAACAACAUCAGCAGCAACAUCAGCAGCAGCAUCAGCAGCAGCAGCAGCAGCCCCCGAACCCGCAACUCCCGCAUCAGCAGCAGCAGCAGCAGCAGCAGCAGCAGCAGCAGGUGCCUCUGCUCUCCUCCCCGGUCGGCUCCUCGUCCUCGGCGGCCGCGGCCGCAGCUGCCGCCGCUGCCCAGAGGAAGAGCAGCUCCUCCCGGCGAAACGCAUGGGGGAAUAUGUCAUAUGCAGACCUCAUAACCAAAGCUAUCGAAAGUUCUCCUGAGAACCGACUAACUCUGUCUCAGAUUUAUGACUGGAUGGUGAAGAGUGUGCCAUAUUUCAAGGACAAAGGAGACAGCAACAGCUCUGCAGGCUGGAAGAACUCCAUCAGACACAACCUGUCGCUGCACAGCCGCUUUGUCCGCGUCCAGAAUGAGGGGACGGGCAAGAGCUCGUGGUGGAUGUUAAACCCAGAGGGCGGGAAGAGCGGCAAGUCCCCGCGACGUAGAGCAGCCUCCAUGGACAACAACAGCAAGUUCACCAAGAGCAGAGGAAGAGCAGCCAAGAAAAAGCUGUCCCUGCAGGGCGGCCCUGACGGAGGCGCAGACAGCCCCGGCUCCUACUCUAAGUGGCCUGGCAGCCCCAACUCCCACAGCAACGAUGACUUUGAUGCAUGGAGCAGCUUCAGGCCUCGGACCAGCUCCAACGCGAGCACUCUGAGCGGCCGCCUCUCACCCUUCAUGCCUGAGGAUGAUCUCGGAGAGGCAGAUGUGCAUAUGGGCUACCCGGGACCCCCGGGGGCCAAAAUGACAGCCACGCUGCCCAGCCUCACGGAGAUGACUGGCUCUCUGGGACACAGUUCUGAGAAUGUUAUGGAAAACCUCCUGGACAACCUAAACUUGCUCUCGCCCAACAAUUCUCAAGUUGGAGGAGGAGCGACGACCCCCGGCUCCUCCCAGUCCUCCCCGUCUCCUAUGAUGCAGCCGAGCCCUGGGUACCCCACAUACAGCUCCCCCAGUAUGGUGACGCAGCCUCAGCAGGAGUAUCGCAAGUGUGUGUAUGGUCAAGCGGGAAUUAACACCCUGUCACCCAUGCCGCUGCAGACACUGCCAGAGAGUAAGCCCGGCUUCGGGCCGGGUUUGGGCCAGUACAGCUGCCCUGCAGGGCUCCUGAAGGAGCUGCUGACGUCAGAUACAGACCAGCACGGAGAGCUCAUGCCGUCAGUGGACACCGUGGUGUCUCAGUCCAGCGGAGGCUGCAUGCUGCCGCCAUACAGCAGCAGUCAGCACGCAGCCAAACUCAUGGGAGGAGGAAACGGUCACCUGCACAGUCUCUCUCACACUCACCCCCACAAUGUGCACAGCCAAGCCCCCGCCACGUCACCGGCUAUGAACGGCCGCUUGCUCAUGUCCCUGAGCCACAGCGGGGGCACCACGCGUUUGCCUACAGCCAAAAGCCCCAUGCAGAUGCCUUAUGGCCUCUCCAGCCACCUCGGUGGGGGAGGCAUGCCCGGUGGCUUCUGCCCUCUCAACACCAACGGAUACGGUCGACCCGGCCUGGCACCACCAUCACACCCAGAGAAGCUGCCCAGCGACUUGGACGACAUGUCCAUCGAAAAGUUUGAGUUUGACAUGGAGACGGUCCUCCAUGACACUCUGAUGGACGGGGACUCACUGGACUUCAACUUUGAGCCAAUGGUGACCCAACAGGGUUUCCCCCACGGGGUGAAGACCACCACACACAGCUGGGUGUCAGGGUAAAAAACUGUAGUACGAAAAAAGUUCUGUUCGUCCGGACUGUUGUUGUUGCUGUUUGGCAAAAGACAGAAUCAGAACUCAUCUGAGACAACAAAAAAAAUAAAAAUAUCGUAGGAUGUUAAAUCCUCAUCCCAACAUCAUCUGCGGUUUCUGUACCAUCAACAUUUCUGUUUCACAAAUACUCCAGCAGACUGAGACUGGUCACGAUCUGCUGAGGAUGCAACACCAUUAGAGCCCCCGAACUGAAGAAGAUGAAAUCAGAAUUAUUUUUGAAAUCUCACAUAUUCUGUACAAACUUAAGUGCCAAACAUUUUUGCCUUAACGUAAGAGCCAAACUGAAACACACCUCCUCUGGUUUCCUCACCAAGGUUAGAAAUACUAUACAGUGGUUUUGUCUGCGAGUGACACUGCCAACUCCAUCUCAUCAUCAGCAGCACAAUCUGUUUACUUUGUCUCCACAAUCAAACUUUUUGUAUGUACAGUGUAGGGAUAAUUGAUUACCACUACGGACAAAUUAUGAAGGUAAUCUGGCUCAUGGGUUCGUGGACUGACAUGAUGUAAAGUGAGAGACUUCUCAAGGGAUCCUCGGAUGAUGUUACAUAAUAACUCACUUUGUUAUCGCCUGAAUGUACAUAAUGUCAUCAUACCGUUUGUAAAAUCAGGUCUUGUAGUGUAUUUUAUAAGACUGUAAAUAGUGUUUACAGAAUGGAAGCAAAAAUUAAGGCAGCAGAAAUGAGCUCACAAAGAAAACUGGAUCAGAUUCUUUCAAAAGCACGUGGAGUGGACGGAUCUGUGCUUUGAGAAUCCUUCUCAAUCAGGCUGUAAAAUGGUAAUACACUCUCUGAUUUGUUGUACAUACAUUACGAAUGUAUAUUAAAAUGAUGUAGUAGGUGUUUACUAGAUUUAGUAUAUAUUUGAAACCUAAAUUAUUUGUGGUUUAAUAUAGAUUUAUGCUGGUGCAUAACCUGCGCUCGGAUGUCAGAAUUGUCCUGAGUCGUUCGUCACUCUGAACCUUAAUACCACAGGGGCCUAUUUAUUGUGCCUAACAGAGUAGACUGCAGGCUUGAAGGGUUUUAUAUUGUAAAUGUCUACGGUCCAGAAGAUACUCAAAUCCAGCAGCCUUGAAGAGAAGUACAGUGAAUUCUUUAUUUUCAGCUCCCUGCUUUCAUAAGAAGAAGCGAGCAGGCUGCAGGUGUUUCCUGAGCGCUUAGGAGGUCGAGGCAGGUUGGAGAAAAGAUAUUCUCACACACACACACAAGGCUGAGUCCAAGACCUGCUAGAGAUUGUCAUUGAAGUCACUGUGAGUUACCAGCCGGUCCCCCUGUUCAGUUUCAGAACGUUUUCUUCUUUGUCUCAAAAGGUUAGCCUGACUGAUGUAAAACAGUACAGUAUGAUUCCUCUGAUGCCAUCUAUAGGAUCAGCUUUACUGCUUUUUAAUGAGACUCCACUUUCAGUCUGCCCCUCCUACCUCUACCUGUCUCUGUGUCUUUUUAAACAUUUGAUAUAACGGUAACACGUGAUAGCUUGAUAGCUCCAGUCAUUUUUUUUCUUUUUUUUUCUUUUUAAUAACACGUUUAUUUUUGAAAGUUUCCCCUGAAAAGUGCUACUAAGUGUUAAGUAUCUUAUCUAGCUUGUAUAUUUGCAUUUUCCCACUUCUCCCACUUAUUGCUGUACUAACAAUGAGCUUGUCAGCCUGUCGAUGACCUGUUACGCAGAGUCACAUGUAGUGUGCAAGAUUGUGGCGACCUUUGUGAAGAUGGUGUGUGUAAACAUGGCUGCUUCUCAUGAAGUCGUCUGGUUCGGUGGCUAAAAGACCAAGUGGCUUAGAGAUAACUAAAACUGAAAACUGCCUAUUCGACAUUAAUGUUUAUUGAUUGAUUUAUACAGAAACCACAUAUAUCAGUGUGUGUCUGAUCAUGUGUUGGCAAGGACUGGGAGUAUGCAGGUUUUUUUUUUUUUUUUUUUUUUUUUUUUUACUAAUGAGUUCACCUCCAACCGCAGGAGGAAAGCUCUUUAAAUUAGUUUUGGUGUUUGGCUGAAAUGAAAACUUGCACACUCCACAAACCAGUAAUGGCACAAGAUCUGACACGGCUGGCUGAGAUUUUUAAGAAAGCCAUGGAGCGGGCAGGUUUAAGAAGAGUAAAAUGAAAUUCUUAACAUUUCAAAAGGCUCUGCAGAGAAGCCGUGAAAGAAGCUGCUGUUUGGCUUUGGUGCCAGGUGUUGCCUUUUCUUACCCAAACAUGCCAUAAUGUACUAUAGCCAAAUUUGCCUUUGAAGUUAAAGUGAUAUAUUUAGCAUUUUUAUCAUGUGAUAUGUUCAGAAUUAUAUAUAUUUGUGCCGGUCACUCAAGUCAGGAUAAACUGUAAUGAAUCCAUGUAGUCAGUGUCACAGGGUUCACUCUAAAAGUAAAAGAGCUGUACUAAGUAAAUUAUAUCUCUACAUUUUUAAAUGAUUGAAUCUAUGCAUUGUAUUCCUUAAUUUUAUGUUGCUAUUGUUAUAUUUUCUUUUUUUCUUUUUGAACUUAUGACAGAGAUAUUUUAUUGUAACAUAGCGCUGUGAGAUAUUAUGGUGUCGUUGUUGUCAAAACUCUAUGUUCCAGAUAGUUAUAUGGGAAAAAAAUGAAGUUUAUUUAGAAAAUAGAUGAUGCAGUGAUUGAUAUGCUAAGCUUUUGUAAACUGACAAUGUUGUAUUUCUUGUAUUUAGCCACCGUUUUUAGAAAAUAGCAUCAAAAAAACAAAUUACUGAAAAAAAAAUGUUAAGAUAUAUUGCAUUUUUAAAAUGAAAAACACAAUAUUUAGUCUGUCAGAGAAGUCCUGCUCAGAAUGCAGAUUCUGGACCAAUUUUUGUAAUUUUAUGAAUAGAAAGAUAUUGCACUUUUACUUACAUUUUAUAACAAAGUGCUCCUCGUAACACGAGGAAGAGUACCCAAUACAUAUUUUAAAAUGAAAAUCUGUUACAUUUAACUUAUACAGGUAUACAGGAAUAAAUUGGAAUUGUGACGUGUGAUUUGCAAUCAAUAAGAAUAUGUAACUUGUUCAAUAUUAAUGUAUUAAGACCUGAAUAAAUGUACUUCUGUGUUAAA